AUGGCAGUUGUGUUACGAAAGUGGAAACAUGUUACCCUUUUUUCCGCCGUAUUGUACCCUCCUCGUACCAUUAGACCCUCUAUGAGUGGUAACCACAUAGAAGAACACGGCAAAGUAAGACAAAUAGCGUCAUUGGGAAGUCAAAAUAUGAGACCACGAAGAUAUAUGUCGAAUACACAAAAGAGGGUAUCAGUGAUGGAGAAAGGCGACUUUAGACUGGCUGGUUGCACUUCAGGAAAGAAAAUAGGCGUGGAGGAGAGACCUGAAAUGAGAGAGUCAAAGAUAUACACGUCUUCGUACAAUUGCAUUUGUGACAUGUGUCGUAGAUUCAUUACUAUGGAGUAUAAUCCAAUAGCCGAGCAAAAAAAUAAGCAAUAUAAUAUAAUAGCAUCUCCAGCAGUUGCUUUUAUCUCGACUUUUAUCCCGUAUUUAGACUUUUAGCUAAAAGCCAUGC